AGGAUUUGUGCAAAGCCCGCGGCAUCUUGCAACGCUGUUUUUACCCCGGUGUUGAGGAGCGAGCUAAUGAUGCCAGGAUAGCGCAUGGACCGCAUAUCCUGUGCUGGUUUAUAUAGUGAGGCCAUGCACGCAUCUCACCGGGGGUUUUCUUGAUCGUUUACCCUGUGCUGUGGAGACUUUGUUGAUCUCCUCUUGACCUCUUACCGGCCUCGUUUGCAUUGAACGUUUUGGGUCAGGAUAGAGUGUGGGUUGAUAAGAUCAAGACGUCUAUAUCACCAUCUGCCCUGAUUGACGACCAUUGCACACCACCACCAUCCAUCCAUCAUGGAUCCCUCCGACACUCCCCCAUCUGCGGGCGCCAGGUUCAUCCGCAUGAUUGUCAAGAACGACUCCAUCAAGUCUGAUCCCCAUCAGAUCUACGGGUGGCGUGCCUUUGCCAUGGCGGGCUCUGCUUGCUUCGGUGGCAUGUUGUUUGGUUUCGAUAUCGGAACAAUUGGAGGUGUGCUUGAACUAAAGGAGUUCCAACAAAAGUACAAGAUUGAGGGUCUCGACAAAGUCGGCAAGGCCAACUUGAGCGCCAACAUUGCUUCGACCCUUCAAGCUGGAUGCUUCCUCGGUUGCUUCAUCGCCUCCUGGGCCGCUGACCGCUGGGGUCGUAAGAUCGCACUCCAAGCAGCUGGUCUCAUCACCAUUGUCGGUUGCGUAAUCCAAGCCGUUGCCUCGGGUGCCCUCGGGGCCAUGUACGUGGGUCGCUUCAUCGCUGGUCUUGGUGUCGGAGGUGCAUCCAUGGUCGUCCCUCUAUACAUUUCCGAAAACGCUCCCCGUGGUAUCCGUGGAGGUCUUACCGGUCUCUACCAGCUCUUCAUUGCCACUGGAAUCUCGCUCGCCUUCUGGGUAAACUACGGGUCGCUCCUGCACCUCUCUGGUGGCGCCCAAGUCUACAUUGUCCCGCUCGCCAUGCAAGCACUUCCCGCCGUCCUCCUCGUCGGCUGCAUGGCCAUGAACAAAGAAUCUCCCCGUUUCCUCGCCAAGCAAGAUAAGUGGGAACAAGCCACCACUGUCCUGGCACGCGUCCGCAACCUACCUCUCUCGCACCCUUACGUCCAGGACGAAAUCAAGGACAUUUCCGAUCAGCUCGAGCACGAGCGCAUGCUGAUUGCCGGAGCAACCAUGAAGGAUCUCCUCAAGGAGAUGUUUACCAUCCCCGGUAACCGCAAACGCGCUCUCAUCUCCAUUGGUCUCAUGGUCUGUCAGCAGAUGACGGGCACAAAUGCAAUCAACUACUAUGCCCCGCAAAUCUUCAAGGCACUCGGCCUCCAGGGUAACGAGAACAAGCUCUUCGCUACGGGAAUCUACGGUAUUGUCAAGAUGGUCGGAUGUCUCGCUUUCCUCAUCUUCGCUGCUGACUCGCUUGGUCGCCGUCGCUCGCUUCUCUGGACUUCGAUUGCUCAGGGUAUGGCCAUGUUCUACAUUGGUCUCUACAUGCGCAUCGACCCGCCAGUCGAAGGCCAGUCUGUUCCUGGUGCUGGAUACUUUGCGCUUGUCUGCGUCUUCCUCUACGCCUGCUUCUUCCAGUUCGGUUGGGGCCCCGUGUGCUGGAUCUAUGUCUCUGAGAUCCCCACUGCUCGCCUUCGAUCGCUCAAUGUCGCUAUUGCUGCGGCUGUCCAAUGGCUAUUCAACUUUGUUGUUGCUCGUGCUACCCCUAAUAUGAUUGCUACCAUGGGCGAGGGUGGCUAUGGGUGCUUCCUUCUCUACGGAUCUUUCUGUUUCAGCAUGUUCCUCUUCGUAUGGUUCUUCGUGCCUGAGACCAAGGGAUUGUCGCUCGAGAAGAUGGACGACUUGUUUGGUGUUACGGAGCUGGUCAAGAACAUGGAGGCCGAUGGCGAGCGCCACAUGCGUAGCUCGAUGGACAAGAACUCUACCAUUGUCCAAGAAGAGAAGGUCCAGCGAUAAACAGAUGGACGUAUGAUUGAUUUUUAAUGAGUGUUUCGAGCUUGAAGCAUGGUUUGGUUAUCGCUGUUUGGCAUAAGGAUAUACCAAUCAAGUUAUUAGCUUCGUG